GAGAUCUUCGAGGGAUUAAACCCUCAACGCAACCAGCGCAAGCUAUAAAUACAGGAAAAGGGCCGUGGAUUUCACUCUCGCAUUCUCAACAUUUUCACUUGCGCAGCGAGAACCAUACCGUCUACCCACUUGACCAAAGCUUUCUACAAUCUCUGAUAUUGUCUGUUCACCAGUGACAAUGGUCCAAUUCGGCUUCCUCCCUAUCGUCCUGGGCCUCAGCGCCCUGACCUCCGUCCACGCCGCCAAUUCCUCAGGCUGCGGCAAACAGCCCAACCUCGCCAACGGAGUCCACAACAUCAAUGGCCGCGAGUACAUCCUCAAGAUACCCGAGAACUACGACCCAUCCAAGCCGCAUCACCUCGUCCUCGGCCUCCACUGGCGCGGCGGAAACAUGUACUCCGUCGUCGACGGCAAAAGCGUUGAACCCUGGUACGGCCUUGAAUCCCGCGCGCAGGGCAGCGCAAUCCUGGUAGCCCCCAAUGGCAGGAAUGCCGGCUGGGCCAACACCAACGGCGAAGACUUGACCUUUAUCGAUUCCGUCAUCGAGCAGGUCGAGGCUGACCUCUGUGUGGACCAGAGCUCUCGCUUCUCGACUGGGUUCAGCUGGGGCGGUGGAAUGAGCUACGCGCUUGCUUGUGCGCGCGCAAAGGAGUUCAAGGCCGUGAGCGUGUUGAGCGGUGGAGUGAUCAGUGGGUGUGAUGGGGGCAACGAUCCGAUCGCGUAUCUCGGAAUCCAUGGGAUUAACGAUCCUGUUCUGCCAUUCGAUGGGGGUGUCGAUCUGGUAAAUCAGUUUGCGAAGAAUAAUGGGUGCCAGCAAGCGAACAUCGGCAAGCCCCAGUCUGGGAGCCACAGUUCUGUUCAAACAGACUUUCAUGGAUGCUCCAAGCCAGCUUCAUUCAUUGCUUACGAUGGAGGCCACGAUGCUGCCCCUCUUGGUGUUGGCAAUCCGCUGGCUCCGGAUGCCACCUGGAAGUUCUUCAUGGCGGCUUAAAACCGGCGUUGCCGUUUGACAAGAGGUCAGAUUGGCUGAUGGUGCGAUGGAAUCUGUCAGUCUUUUGGUGUGGUUGUGCUGCUCUCCGGGAAAUGGUGUACAAUAGCCAGAAACAAUCGUCCACCGGAUUAUUGCCUUUGCUGAAAAUAGGUGUCAAUAUAAACUCCGCGUCAAAUUAACCAUU